ACCACACGACGUUCUUCCGACGCAAGUGUCCCCCGGCUCUCAAAGGCACUUGUGCGAUCGACUCGGUCUUUCCGGGACUGCAGCAGUGCCGAAGCCUCGUCAGUUGUUUCCCUGAGUGCUUGUCAAGGAUUCAUCCUGGUACCCAUACGCAAGAAGAGGAACUCCACGCUUUCCAUAACGGAGUCCCCUUACAGUAACUACCCGGCCGCGGACUGCUGUCCCACGAGCCACAUGAGCAUGAUGAACGCUCCUGGUCAGCAGCAGUCGCACGACCAGCACCACAUGAUGGGCAUCAUGGCCCACCAUGGCGGCAUGGCCACCAUGCAGCCCAUCCAGCAACAUCACCCGCAGCAACAGCAGCAGCAACAACAGCAACACUUCUCGCCACAGAGUGGGCCCGGAAGCUUACGGUGCUGUGCGGGUUGCGGUGCCAAAAUCAUGGACAGGUUCCUGCUGCACGCACUAGACCGCUACUGGCACAACGGGUGCCUAAAGUGCACGUGUUGUCAGGCGACACUAGCGGACAUUGGCCAAUCGUGUUUCACGAAGGCGGGCAUGAUCCUCUGCAGGGCCGAUUAUGUCAAGAUGUUCGCCCCCAGCGGCGGUGCGUGCAGUGCCUGUGGACAGAUGAUUCCCGCGAGCGAGCUCGUGAUGCGGGUCCAUGGCAACGUGUACCACGUCAAGUGCUUCACGUGCGUCAAAUGCCACACCCAACUGCAUCCGGGCGACCGCUUCAACCUCCUCAACGGCAGCGUGCUCUGCGAGCAGGACUGCAUCAAAAUGCUCAAAGGGACCGUCACUCCGGCCGGAGUCCGGAAAACCAAAAUGAGGGUCAAUUCCGCCAUCAAAGUGUAGGAGGAAUCGCCCGUCUCGCUUUUAUAUGGACAAAGAAACUCUCCUCUGCGAAGAAGAUCCUUCGUUUUUCCUCAUUACUCUUCCCCAGCUGCGGGACGGAACCUCGAAGCCAGAUUCGAAAGAUGGUCAGAAACGCUAUCGGCCACUUUGGUUCGCGACAUCUCUUAUGUUUGAAAGGGCUUUCACCCGCUUCCUGCCAUGCCUUAAGAUAAGAAAUGCUUCAAAACUUUCUAUAGAAACUUGUGAAGAAACAGGCGGCCAGCGAAACACUUUUUUGAGGCAUAUUUUCCGAAAAUGCUGCUGUAUCUGAUUGAUCGGUGGCUAGUCCUCGAUAAAUUAACAUUUGAAGUGGGAGUACUUUCAGAGAUGAAAUUGUGAGGCUAAGCCAGUCACUGUAUGAAUUGUCAAACGUUCAUUAAGUUACCACCAUUAACCAUUGUUGGUACAAAAAACCCAUGCUAGAAGAAAUAUUAACGUGGCACUAACAGUGCCUACAAAAAUUUCUUGUAAAAGCAACUUAUAAUUUAUUUGCGCUAGUCGUGUUUUCCCCUCAUAUUUACUUUUUACCUACUUACUGUUUAAUUUUCAAACUUUCAUUAUUUCAUUUUUGGUGUAAAAGAUCUUGUGCUACACACUCGUAUGUAUUCAGCUGUGCAAGUUUAUUAGCUUAUAAGAUAUGCAUUCAAAUGAAAAUCUAUGCAUCAUAUUGAUGUAUCCGAUUUGGUCCAAAAAGAGUGUUUCUGGUUUCAUUUUCAUUCCUAAUAGUUUCAGUGGAUAGUUUUGAAGCGUUCUGUGUAAAUUAAAAAAAAAAAAAAAAAAAAAAACUUGGCGAAGUUAUCGUUUUACUUAUUUUAUGUAUAUAAAGUUGUAGUAAAUAAGUGUACAGAGCAAUAAUCGAAAACAAAAUUUUCGUUUGUUAAUUUAAGAUCAUCCCAACUAGUAAACGUCUGCCUGCUGCUACUCAAAUCGGCCGAGAGCUUUUCACCAUUGACAUUGAAUCUGACUUCUAUCUCAUGCUCAACCUCACAGUUGAAGUUGGACGCUGUUUGCCAAAAUCCUGUCAUAUUUUAAGCCGUUUUAUGGACUUUGAACUGUUAGGGAAGACAACCAAGAGAAAUAUAUAUAUAUAUAAAUACCAUAGCGAAUAUUAGUUUCCAUAUCGUUGCACAUGUUUUCUGUUUACUCUUCACUUUUUUGCGCAUUUUGUUCGUCUGGACAAGCUCAUCAACUUUCUGAAAAAUCGAAUUAAGGACUCUCUUGAACAUGCUACAUCGCCAACAAGAUAUCGCCUUCGCCAAAUAUUUAAAACCGAAUUCACUACUUCAUGACAGCGAAGCGACGAUUGUAUGUGCUGUUGUACGUGUCAUAUUACAGAUCAUAGUCCUCGUUGUGGAAUUAAUGCGUCAUGGCCAAUUCUCUGGAGGAUUCUUAGCGAACUCGAGUCCUGUGCCAUAAUCACGAAACAAGCCGUUUCAUUGGACUAACUGAUUUUCUAAAAAGUAUGAUACUCUUUCUGCAAGUUAAGAACAGACCAUUGCACUUUUCUGUAUGAUGUUUGUCCUGCGCCUCAAGUAGUUCUUUAAAUUCCAAUAACAAUGAUGUCAAUUAAUUUUACGAAUGAUUGUGCCACUUGAUGCCGCCAUGAUUUUCUUUUCUUUUUUAAAUUGAGUCUAGUUGAGAUCGUUUCUAAUGUAAUCCUUUAUCUAAUAGGCCAAUGCGGUGUUCCUUGUCGCAACUAAAGCCCUGAAUCGUAGCCUAAGUAGUGACACUUCCUCCAUCUUGUGGCUAAACCAUGCUUUCUUCCUAUGUCUGCUAUGGUAAAGUAGCGUGUUUUGCUUCUUGAUUGUAGUUUUUAUUGAUUCUAUGUUAAUCCACAAUCAAGAAGCAACACUCGCUACUACUUCAUUAUAGCAGGUAUAGGACAAAAGUCGCAUUUCGCCCCAAAAUGGCAGGCGAGUCGCUAUUUAAGAUACGAUCUAGGGCUUUAGUCUCAACUAGCUUUAGCUGUUCGUUAAAAUCCCGAUUACCUCACAAAACCUUUCGCUUCACACGAAAAAAGUAAGGGUACAUUGCUAUUAAAAAUCGACCGUAAUCUCAUUUAUGGACCAAUCUUCAAAACAUUGUCGUUAUAAUUAUAUCUUACUUCGAAUAGUUCCAACCUAAAACUCAAAUUUCGGAUUUUUUACACAACGUUACCUAUGCAUUUGAUUGCACUACACCUUGUUUUUUCCCCUCAUCUUUUGCCUCUAACUUUGAAGUGCAUCCUUUCCAUAACGUUUAAAUAAUCAUGUCAUUUCGAAGGCUUUUCAAUAAAACCAUUCUCUACCAAGUCUUCUUUAAUGCUUCCAUUCUUUAUUCGAGAAUUAACAAGAACGUUCACUUUACCGUUGCGUCAUUCAUGGACUAAUCAAUUAAAUCCCUUUUUGUAAUUGCUGCUUCCUUUGAACUUCCUUGUGUCCAAAUAAACUUCAGUGACAUUUCCCUUCCAUUACUUCAACAAAUUAUUGUUGGACAUAAAUGUGAUGUGACUUUUUUUUAUUAUUUAUUUCGAGUAUUGUACCGUAAUUCCUACUUCUUAAUAGAAGGCGUAGUAGGAUUUGUUGUAAUGCAGAAAAAUCGAAUACAGAUGUCAAGUGAAGAAAAUUCUAAGUCUGACGAACAAUGAGAUGGAUGUGAUGUUCUAUUUUUGCUAAAUGAUGUUGAAAUUGUGUCGUUUGUGUUAUUAAACAAAUUAAUAAUAUGUCGUUUAUCAAAAUUUGUGUGGUCUUUGUAUUGCAAUUGGUGCCUCAUGUUGGGCAUCAAUUGUAGUUUAUCCACAGAACUCGUAUGUGAAGAUUUAUUUUACCUAGAAAAGCAAGCGUUAAAUUUUACGCAAAGGACAAGAACAAUAUCUACAUUACAGAACAAACAUCUAACACCGAUCUAUCUCGUUAGACUUCCUGUGUUACUUCACUUCACAUCUGCAUACGAAUUUCUCUACUGGAGGCUUCCGUGGCUCUACGGUAAAAGCUUCGUUUAGUAUGCCAGAGGUCGUGGGUUUGAUUCCCACCGGUGUCCUGGCUGUGACUUCCUUCUUUGUGUUGUAAAUCUUCACUGUGUUUGUGUGGUGGCAAAGGUGCCUUGUUCGUGGUCCUUUGUUCGUGUGAAGUUGGUUAGCUUAUGGUAUUCAUAAAAAACCUACUGCUAUUAAAAAAACAUAAAAAGUGGCUAAUAACUAUGACAACUUGAGACAAAAAAAAAAGAACCCUUACACAAAAAGCCUUUCAUAUUUAUUAUAUUUUAAAUGAAAACAAUGCACUUUUUUGCUUCGAAUGAGCUUCCACGAGGCAAGUGAUGACGGUUUCAACCUCACAUCCAACAUCUGAAUAAAUGAAAAGCUUCCCAACGGAACCGAUGGUCUGUUCUCAAGCUGCACAACCGAGUAUACAUAUAUCAAUACGACGAGCAAUAAAAAUCAUGUUGCUGACAAGCGAAAACAAUGUAACUUCAAUCUGUGGAAGACGACGAAGAUAUGAUCUACGAGUUUGUUCGACUCCGUUCGUGAGGAACGGUUGCAUUUUUAUUUUGUCUGUUGAUACUCCGAUUCAGGUUAACUGUACAUAUGCAAAUCACAUUUAACAUGUACUGUAAAGAAU